AAUGUGAAUAUGGUGAAGGGGAUGUUCAUCAGUCAAAAUCCGACUAUGUCAAUUCACAACUGACCGACUGAUUCACCCAAAAGAACACCAAAUAUCUUCACUUUGCUAUGCGGGAGGUGUUCAAUAGGUAGCGCAAAAUAAUGCUCAAAGCUAUAUCUUCUGGGUUUGUUUACUAUAGAUUCAGAAAUUGUGGGCUCUCCUUAAUUCCUUCAAGGAAACCAACAUUUAACACUAAUUCAUUAUUAUUGCGAGCUUCUCAAGUGCGCAGUCAAAAGGGUCGUUUUAGAAUGUCUUCAACUCAUUCUAAGUCAAACCCACAAGGGGCAGUCCAGUCAACUAUUCUGCAGGGAAACAUUCGCAAGAUCAACUUCUGCCAGUUGUGUGGAGGCCCAACAAAGCAUGAGAUACCUGAUGGUGAAGAAAAGGUGAGAGCUAUCUGCACUCACUGUGGGAAGAUUACCUAUGAGAAUCCAAAAAUGGUUGUUGGUUGCCUUAUUGAGCAUGAUAAGAAGAUAUUAAUGUGCAGGCGGAAAAUUCACCCAUCAUACGGACUUUGGACACUCCCAGCUGGCUACAUGGAGAUUGGUGAAUCUGCUGCUGAGGGAGCAAUUAGGGAAACCUGGGAAGAGGCGAAUGCAGAAGUAGAGGUUCAGUCACCUUUUGCUCAAUUGGACAUCCCUCUUAUAGGCCAAACGUACAUGAUUUUCUUGGCGAAACUGAAAAAUCUCCACUUUUCACCAGGUCCAGAAUCGUCAGAAUGUCAGCUUUUUGAACUUGAUGAUAUUCCUUUUGAUUCUUUAGCAUUUUCAUCAAUGCUGGUAACCUUGAAGCUGUACAUUGAAGAUAUUAAAGUUGGAAGACCAAAGUUUCAUUAUGGCAUCAUUAACAAGAGGCCUGGAACAAGCCCUUCUGAAAUUCAUGCCUAUACUCUGGAUUUUCAUAUGCAAUCCUGAGAAGCCGAUAAAUUCUUUUCACAUAAGGAAAAAGACCAGAAUGUGGUCUGUUCGUCCAGAUAGAAAGAACUACAGCGCUUUCACUGAAUGGAAACAUCUGGAAAUGAAUUUCUUUUAUUAAAGUUUCAAGUUGUAUACUUGUGACAGUUCCGUUCUUUCUAAUCUAGUAAAAGUUUCAUGGUUUGAGUUGUU